AUGUCGGCCCCCGCUUCCGACACCAUCGUGAUGGGUGGACUGAACCCUGUUGAGGGCAAGGUCGUCUCGGUCCCCUCCCACCAGGCUAUCAAUGAGAAAGACAGUAUCGAUAAAGCAGCUAUCGGCAAAGAGCUCGCUUCCGAAAUCCAAGCCGUCCCAGUUUCACCGCCGUCUGAUGGAGACAACCACGAGAAGGACGACAACAGCGAUGACGCCAUCAUCAUCACCGGCGCGGACGCCUCCCGAUUUUUGCUGCCGCUCCGCGACGAUUUCGAUCCAUCUCUGACUUUCCGGAGCAUGUUCCUGGCGACCUGUCUUUCAGCCUUCCAAGCAGUCAUGAGCCAGAUUUAUACGGUAAGCCAACGAUCUGGGGGGGAUUAUCACGCUCGGACAAAAGCAAUCACUAACAAGACUCACUUGCAGUUUAAACCAACCAACGUCACUAUCUCCGGAACCUUCAUCGUUCUCAUUGGAUAUUUUGCCGGCAAGGCAUGGUCCAACGUUCUUCCUCGAGGUGACAAACUUGAGGCUAGUUGGAGAGAGAAGAACAACCAGGUGGAUCUUCCUGCGUGGAUCAAAUUCUUCAAGUUCAUUAACCCUGGGCCAUGGGGUUUGAAAGAGCAUGCCAUCUGUUCUAUCACCGCCACUUCCGCAUCCAACGCCGCUGCUAGUAUUCAAGUUUUCGCCGCACAGGAUCUCUUUUAUGAUUUACCCUUGAGCGCAACAACUGUUGUCUUGACAGUCAUCUCGAUUGGUCUGUUUGGCUACGGCAUCUGCGGAGUGAUGCGCCCCAUCGCUGUUUGGCAUGUCGAUGCAGUGUAUUGGGGCACUCUCCCUACAGUCAAGACUCUCCAAGGGCUUCACUGGCAGGAUUUGAAAAACUCAAAGCCUCUUCGGUGGUUCUGGUACAGUUUUGCUGGCAUGUUCGUGUAUGAGUUCUUUCCUGCGUACAUCUUCCCUUGGCUGAACUCGGUUUCGAUCCCUUGCCUGGCUGCAAUGAAUGCUACAGGUAGCAAGGCUGCAGUCCUCACUAACCUCUUCGGCGGUUCCAUCAACAACGAAGGCUUGGGAUUAUUCACUCUUUCUUUUGAUUGGCAAUACGUAAGUCAUCUGUCUAUACAGGAGAGGCAGACGGAGCUAAUUUCGAAACCCAUUACGCAGAUCACUUCUUUCACUACCUCUCUUCCCCUUACUCUCCAAGCUCAUUCAGCUGUCGGGUUUUUCAUCUGCUUCCUUGCUAUGCUUGGUAUCUACUACACAAAUGCCUGGGAUGCAAAGUCGCAACCCUUCAUGUCGACACGGCUUCGAUCCGAGGAUGGUUCAACAUAUCCUAUUGCCAAGGUCUUUACAGGGGGCGUUCUCAAUCAAGAAGCCCUUGCAAGAUACGGCAUCCCCAGACUCACAGGAAGUUUCGCGUAUGCCAUGUUCAUGGCUAAUGCUGCUAUUGGUGCUCUGGUUGCUCACUGCUUCUUCUUCUGGGGCGGGGAUGUCAAGCGGGCUUAUCAAAGCGCAAAAAGCGGAAGGUAUGACGAUCGCCAUCAUGAUCACAUGACGAAACACUACAAGGAGACCCCGUGGUGGUGGUAUGUCAUCGUGCUUGUCAUCAGCUUCGUUCUUGGUCUUGUCGUUGUCUGCACCCAGAACGUCACGCUUCCGGCAUGGGCUUACGUUGUCUCACUCCUCCUCGGAAUCUUCAUCGCGCCGUUGAGCACGAUCCUCUACUCUCGUUUCGGCAAUGGAAUUGCAACAAACAACCUCUCGAAGAUGCUGGCAGGUCUCAUCCUUCCUGAGCGACCCAUUGGCAAUAUGUAUUUUGCUGCUUGGUCGCACAACGUCAUCUCGAACGCUGUUAAUCUUUCCAACGAUUUGAAAAUGGGAGAAUACCUCAAAAUUCCCCCUAGAGUCAUGUUCCUCACCCAGAUCUAUGGAACAAUCCUGGGUGGUUUCAUCAACUACGCCGUUAUGAUCUCGAUUGUCAAUGGCAAUCGUGAGCUUCUUGUCAACAGCGAUGGUAACAGCUCUUGGAGCGGUGCAACUAUGCAGUCGUACAACACCAAUGCCACCUCUUGGGCGCUUGCCAGAUACUUGUACAAGACUGGCGGGCGGUACUCACUUGUGCCAAUCGGCUUAGGUGUUGGCUUUGGUGUUGUCAUCAUCCACCGUAUCAUUGCAUACUUCGUUCCCAAGAUCCGGGGCUAUUCUUUAUCGGAGAUUAACCUGCCUCAACUUAUCCAAUACGCGGGCUACAUUCCUUACAACGCGUCCCAGACUUGUGUUCUCUUCAGCUCGCUUAUCAGCGGGUUCUUUGUUCAAUUUUACCUCCGCAACUACCGGCCGCGUAUCUUCAAGGACUACUCAUACCUGGUCACAGGUGCAUUUGAUGGGGCGAGUCUGACUGUUCUUUUCAUUCUAUCGUUUGCUGUCUUUGGAGCUGGCGGUCCAUCCAUCCCUUUCCCAACCUGGUGGGGCAACAAUGCUGGUGGUAACUACGACCAUUGCCCGGCGGCGGAGUAG